AUGCUGGAAAGAAAUGAGCAGGUGAAGGAUGCUCAGAUCUCCGACAGUUUUUUAAAGGACUUUGUGCUCCGGUACAAAAUCGAUGAGGCUGCAGCUGUUGCUUUGCAUUCCCUGCCGUUGGGGCAACAGCAGGAGGUGACCGGUCAAAUCACAGGAGCAACGAACCCCUCUGCGGUUCUGCUGUCUCGCAUCAAACGGCUGAAGCAAGGCCUGCCUCCGUUGAACAAGGCAGCCGUGGCAGCUGUGGCAGCUGUAAGUCCAGAAGCUACUGCAGCUACUGGCCUGGCUGGCCUUGCUGGCGUUCCAGCUGUGGCCACUCCGCCACCUCCACCAGAUGACACCCGUGGUGCAGUGGAGGCCUUUUUGGAGCGACAUUGCAUCAAUGCCGAUGCAUGUCAGUCCAUCUGGGAGUUGUCCCCAGAACAGCAACGCUUGGUGAUGUCCAGCGACUUGGUGCCUACCACUGGGGAUGCGUUUGAUGCCCUGAUGGAUCGUAUCAGUGAGAUCCUCCAAGGAGCCAAACACAGUCAGUACGAAGCGGAUCAUCAACGGCAUCAAAAAGUCUCUGACUUCCUGGCGCGCUACGAGAUCUCUGCAGAAGUGGCCCUGGCCCUUCGUAGCUUGCCCUUGGAACGGCAGGUGGAGAUCACUGCACCGGAUCUGACAGGAGCCAAGAACCCCUCGGCGGUGUUGAUGUCUCGCAUUCAGCGUAAAGGGCAUGGCAAAGGUGAUGGAGUUACAUCAGCCCGAGGAGAGGUGAAUGGAUUUCUGCAGGCAUUUCAGUUUGAUGACGAUGCCAAACGAUCCUUCCUGGAGCUAAGGCCAGAGCAACAGAAUCUCAUCAUGAGAGAUGAUGGGGUGGGCGACUAUCGAAGAUGUCGCAACCCCAGCGCGUAUCUCAUGUCCCGGAUCCGCGCUGUCAAAGAGGGUGGUCUACCUCCACCAGCUGUUUCCAGCGAGGGUCACUGGUGGGAGCCUCCCAGCAAGUCGGAUGUGGUCGAAACCUUCCUGCGGCGCCACAACAUCGAUGAUGGUGGCCGUGAGGCACUACAUCAACUACCUGCAGAGUUGCAGCUGCGCGUGCUGGCGCACGACCACGAGAUUGGCCAAGGAGGUCGGAAUCCUUCGCAACAUCUGGUGUCGUUGGUUGGAAUGGCCUGGGCUAGGACUUUGGGACCUCCUGUGGUUCUGGGCACCUUGGGUCCUCCCAUGCCUCCUUCCAUGCCUCCUCCCAUGGCUCCCAUUGGCGCUGCCGUGACACCUCAACAAGGGGAACUGCCGCAGGCAUCACUGGCCUUAGAAGCACCUGGCGAGGCCGCCAAGGCGGCCAAGCCGUGGGAAGCUGAGGGAGAAGAAGCACCUGCCAAGAAGAGAAAGUUGGAGAAGUUGGAGGAGGAUGAGCAGUUGAAUAACAGUUUUAAUGACCAUUUGCCACUUGCAGUUGAAGGAUUUCUGAGACUCAAUGGCAUUGAUGCCAAGUCCUGUCGUGCAAUGAGAAGAUUGAGCCCCGCUGCUCAACAGAAGUUGAUUGGCAUGGACAUUCGGCACCGAAGAAAUCCGUCCGCGUUUUUGUGGACACAGAUUCAGAAGCUGCGAGACAAUCACGAUGAUAAUGAAGAGGAAGUCAACAGGCCAGAAAGGUACAGACCUCCACCAGUAGAGCGGCAGAAGCCUCCAGCGUUGCAGAACACUUUGCAGAACAAAGUGCAGAAGCCUCAAACUUCGUAUCCGUCGAGAUUUUCCAGACCUCCUUCGCCCCCCUCACCGCCCAAGCGAAGAGAGAAGGGCCCUAAGGGAGAUGUCGCAUUCUUUCUGAUCCGCCAUGGGAAGGGGAGCUACGUGCCGCCAUCCGUUGAAGUUUGUGGCGGAGCGCCUUUGACUUGUGGCAGAGCACGUCAUCACAAUGACAUAGUAGUGCUGGCGCAGCACGUUUCCAAGAGGCAUCUUGAGUUUCAUGUGCAACGUGGUUCUGCUGGAGAGCCUAUCCUGAUGGUCCGGGAUUUGUCCUCGAAUGGCACCUGGGUUCGAGGUGAGAAGAUUCAACCUGGACGAUUGACGCGGGUUGUCCCUGGUGAUAUCAUUUCACUUCUACCACCGAAUGGCGAGGAUGUUCCAGCCUUCCAAGUUAUGGAAAAUGCUGACUCCGUGAAGGCUGAGCGCAUGGAUGAAGCCAUGGACUAUGCUCCCUUGGCCAAGCCGGUGGCACCACCUGUAGAUGCUCCUGCUGACGGUGAGGUGUCUGAAUGGAUUCGCAGCAUUGGAGGAGGCGGCAAACUCAGCAAGCGGUUGAUAGAGGAAAUUGAGGAUUCCUAUGAUCACUUGCGGCAGAUUUCAGAAAAUUACAGGCAGAACAUCAACGAGUUUCUGGAUGUCCAUGCUGUGGAGGAUGCGGAUGAACAGGAGGUUCUGUGGGUCGCAGUUUCUGCAUUGUGCUCGUGGAACGAAAAGUCCCCGUUUCUAGUCACACCCAGAGCCAUGGACAAGGCACUUGUGAAAGACAUCGAAUAUGAAAGCAAGUUCAAUCCGGAGACCGGCCUUUCAGUCCCCCAGGCAGCUAUUUGGAUGGUGUUCAUCACCAUCUUCAUGGAUACCCUGGCCGCGACCAUUUCCACUCCAGCACUCCCCUACUAUGCAAGAUCCUUUCAUGUAAACAACGCAGCAGUUGGCUACUUGUAUGCUUCCUGGAGUUUCACCUCGGCCUUCUGUGCACCUGUCCUAGGCCAGCUGGCUGAUAAGUUUGGCCGACGCAGCGUGCUGCUGGCCUCUCUGCUAGGUGCUGGGCUGGCGAACCUGGGCCAGGCCUGUGCAGGCACCUACUACCAGCUGCUGGGCUGGAGAGCCUUCUCGGGGAUCUGGGCGGCAGUUGGGAACUCGGCACAGGUUUAUCUCAGUGACGUUUGUUCCCCCUUGGUCUUGCCGGAUUUCAUGUCAAAGUUGUCAGCUGUGCCCAGCCUCGCAAUGACCUUUGGACCUGGACUGGGCGGUGGCUUGUCGAAAUUUGGACUGGAAAUUCCGGUGCUGGUGGAUGGGCUCUUGUCUCUGCUGGCAGCAGGGCUCUGCUUUAUCUACCUGCCAGAAUCUCCUGUUUGGCUCCAGUCCAGAGGCCAUCCGGCAGCCACAGCAUCUGAUCCCAAGGCACCUUCCAAGGUCGCAAGUAUUCCAGCAGGUGUGAGGGUGCUGGCAAUUUCAGGCUUCUUCAGUGGGAUCAAUUUCGGGGUUGUGGUCUCCAUGACGGCCAUCUUUCUGGAUGCCAAGCUGCAGUUUGAUUCGCUGCACGUGGGCUUCACCUUCGUGCUGAGCGCCCUAGCCACCUUGGCUACCAGCAUUUGGAUCACUGGCUUCGUCCAGAAAUCUGUGGGUCUCAAGUGCUGCGCGGUGCUGGGCUCCCUUUUGAAUGGACUCCUCAGCAUCGCUAUGGCGGUCAUCCCUGGGGCCUGGCCCACCAUCAUCGUGAUGUGCCUGGCGCGGGUGGGGAUGACCCUACGGGCCGCGACGAAUGGAACCAUCUUGGCCAACUUCACCGAUCCCUCCAACCGGGGCACUAUCUUUGCGCAGCAACAGUUCGCCACCAACAUGGGCCGCUUGGUGGGUCCGGUGGUGGCAGGGCACCUGGCUGUCAGGGAUCCUGUGCUAUUGCCCAUCCUGUUUGGAUCCAGCUGCGGCCUCAUCUCUGGACUGAUCCUGCUGGCAGUGCCCAUGCCCGAAGGACCCAAAGAGGUCAAGCAAAAACGCCUGCACGGCUUCACAGAUUUGGGGGGUGCUGAGUCAGUGCUGGAGCUGGAGUAUGGCACAGCACAGGAUUGCGAGGAGUUGGGUAAAUUCAUGGGCGAUCUUCUCUCCCAGCGUCGCUAUCGCUGGAUCUCGCGCAAGAAGGCCAUCUACUGUAUGUUGGACAAGCUGCUGCCCGAACUCUCAGCAGAUGUUGGGGAUCAUCUUGAAGAUCUCCAGCGCUUGAUGAAGCAUGUGGAAUUGAUUCAGAAAGACUUCGAGGGUGUGCAGAAUCGGGAUGUUUGCUGAGACAUUGUUUGAUCGACCGUUCC